AUGGAGAAGGAGCGGGAGCCGCAAGUCGAAUCACCACCACCAAAGAAUGAAGAAGAAGAAUCAUACCUCACUGGUCUCACACUACUGAGUGUGCUGGUUUCAUUGGUCCUUGUCAUCUUCUUGAUGAUGCUCGACACAUCCAUCGUUGCUACAGCCAUUCCAAGAAUUACAACUCAAUUCCAUUCUCUCGAUGAUGUUGGUUGGUACGGAAGUGCAUACCUGCUAGCCAACUGUGCUCUACAACCUCUCGCCGGAAAGAUCUACAAAGAAUUCAGCUACAAAUGGACCUUCCUUUGGUUCUUUGCCCUCUUCGAGCUUGGCUCCCUUCUUUGUGGUGUCGCUGUCUCGUCGAAUAUGUUCAUUAUCGGAAGAGCCGUCGCUGGUCUGGGCUGCGCUGGCUUGAUGAACGGUGCUCUCUCUAUCAUCUCGGCUUCAGUACCUCUUGAGAAGAGACCGCUAUACAUGGGCUUUAUGAUGGCCCUGAGUCAGCUCGGAGUCCUGUUCGGGCCUCUCAUUGGAGGAGCUUUGACCGAAUAUUCAACCUGGAGAUGGUGCUUCUACAUCAACUUGCCCGUGGGCGGUGUUGUUGCAGUCAUUCUCUUCUUCGCACCCGUCCCUGCCGGACCCGAAAAGACAGAGACCAAGAAAUUCAACCUUGGUGCGUUCCUACGCAGUCUCGACCUCAUCGGUUUUGGGUUGUUCGCGCCCGCUAUCAUUCAACUACUGCUUGCGCUACAAUGGGGUGGCACCAAGUAUGCUUGGAGCAGCUCAAUCGUCAUCGGUCUCUUCUGCGGCGGUGCGGCAACCAUCCUGGUGUUCUUAACCUGGGAGUAUUUCAAGGGUGACGAUGCCAUGAUUCCCUUGUCCAUGAUUCGAAAUCGCAUCUUCUCAGCCAGCUGCAUGACCGUCUUCUUCACUUUUGCGUCUAUGCUUAUCGUGAAUUACUAUCUACCCAUCUACUUCCAGGCCGUACGUGGUGCCUCGCCAACCAUGAGCGGUGUCGACUUGUUGCCCAGCAUCAUCAGCCAGAUGAUCUUCGCCAUCGUCUCUGGUAUCGCAGUCAGAAAAGUGGGAUACUUCUUGCCCUUUAGUAUUGCAUGCGGCAUCCUCACUGCCAUCUCCUGUGGUUUGUUGAGCAUGCUCGGCCCUCACACCCCCAUCGCCAAAUGGAUCGGUUUUCAAAUUCUUGGUGGCGUUGGCCGCGGUCUCGGUAUCCAAAUACCCAUCAUCGCCAUCCAGAACCUGAUGCCGAAGAAGCUGGCCUCUGUUUCCAUGUCACUGCUCAUCUUCUCCCAGACAUUUGGUGGAGCGCUCUUCCUUGCUUUCUCACAGACUGUCUUCAACACCGGACUUUCCUCUGCGCUCAAAGAGUACGCACCAGAAGUUUCGGCCGAGACUGUUCUUGCUGCCGGCGCUACUGGAGUCAGAGGCGCUGUCUCGGCUGAUGUACUGCCUCAUGUGCUGCAAGCAUAUACAGCGGCUAUCAACCACGUCUUUUACCUCGGCGCUGGCUGUGCAGCAGCUGCAGCGAUCGUCUGUGUGGGCAUGGGCAUGCACUCGAUCAAGCCCAAGACCGCACCGGUCACCACAGUGCCCGAGAAGGAGGUUGUCUGA